GCACGAGAGCUUUUUUAUAGAAAUGGAAGAGGAUGGAUGCAUGCCAAAUUAUUGCUCUUAUAAUGUCAUAAUCCGAGGAUUUCUCCUACAGAAAGACACAUCAAAGGCAAGGAAACUCAAUGAAAUGGUCAAUCGUGGAUUCUCUGCAGAUUCUGCCACCAAAACCUUGCUGGGAGAUCUAUUCCCUAUUGAUGGGAGUCUUGCUUUAAAAAAAUUACUUGUGCCUUCUGAAGGUUGCCGAGGCGUUCCAAUUGGAGCUGUGUUUGUUGGUGACCAUGGAUGGAAGUACAUUUGCUGAUGAUUCCCUUGUUUGUCAUGCAGAAUUGAGUGCCUGAAAAAAAUCUCGAAAUUGAAAUUUUAGCUAGUUUAUGUAUGAAGGAGCUGUAUUUCAAAAUAAUUUGUGGCAAAAGCCUGGUGGAAACUCACGUGUGAAAGAAAUUGGAGGUUUUCUGCUUGUUAUUGGAAGUUAGCUGGAUGUACCAGCCUCCCUAUUCA